AUGGCUAAAAGUUCUUUUAUUCUUCCAAAGUUCAUGGGAGGUAUCAUUACGCAAUCGUUAUUUUUCUUAUUUUCCACCCAAAUUAUUAGUACAAUUGUUUCGCUUCCAUUGUCUUAUUAUUCUAACUUUGUUUUGGAAGAAAAGUAUGGUUUCAACAAACUUACUGUUGGAUUAUGGCUUACUGAUAAGGUUAAGGGUAUUGCUUUGGGUAUUGCACUUGGAUCUCCUGUUGUUGCUGCUUUCUUGAAGAUUAUUGACUACUUUGGUGAUUCAUUCAUCUUGUAUACUUGCGGAUUCCUUUUUGUUGUUCAAUUGGUCGGUAUGACUAUCUUCCCAACCUUAAUUCAACCUUUGUUUAAUAAAUUUACUACCUUAGAGGAAGGUGAAUUAAAAACAGCUAUUGAAAACUUGGCAUCUGAACAAAAAUUUCCAUUAACUAAAUUGUAUGUGAUUGAUGGAUCAAAGAGAUCUUCUCAUUCUAAUGCUUAUUUUACUGGUUUACCUUGGAGCAAGCAGAUUGUUUUGUAUGACACCUUAAUCAAGCACUCAACUAAGGAAGAAACCGUUGCUGUCUUGGCUCAUGAAAUCGGUCAUUGGAAAUUGUCCCACUUGCCACAAAUGUUAUUCUUCUCCCAAGCUCAUUUGUUCUUAAGUUUCUCUAUGUUUUCUGCUUUCAUCCACAAUAACUCUUUAUACUCGUCCUUCGGGUUUACCUCCGUUCAACCAAUCAUGAUUGGAUUUAUGUUGUUUAACGACAUUUUCCAACCAGUUGAAUGUGUUGCACAAUUUGGUAUGAAUUUAUUAUCGAGAAAGAAUGAAUAUGAAGCAGAUGCAUACGCUAAGAAAUGUGGAUAUUCAGAUGAUUUAUCCAAGGCAUUGAUUAAAUUAUUGAGUGAAAACUUAUCAACUAUGGAUGCCGAUUGGUUAUACUCCUCAUACCAUCAUUCCCAUCCAAUUUUAUCUGAAAGAUUACGUGCCAUUGGUUAUGUUUCUAAAGAAAAGAUCGGUAAGAAAGAUGAGUAG